AUGCUUUAUGUUCCAUUGUUAGACAAAACUCGUCCUUACAUCAGCAUCAAGCGUGUUAAAUUUCAUCGAAGAUUUGAAAUGUAUUCUCUCGAUCUCCAAAACUCAUCUUCAUUAACUAAAUUAACCGACAAUCAAGCAAUUGAGGAAGAUUUGCAAUUAUCUAAUGACAGAAAACGAAUUCUUUUUCGAACUUUAUCAUUAGCAUCACCAAAGAGUCAAAUGAACGAUACUCAAGGUCGUCUCUAUUCCAUCGAUCUAUCGAAUGGAGAAUUGCAACGCAUAGGAGCAAAUAUUUCUGCUAAUCUUGUCGGAUAUGCAUGUCAAUAUGAAUUAUUUGUUGAAGAAUGGAAAAGUAUGACAUUUUAUUCAUCAUUUUAUAAUCAAUGCGCUCCAAUUUAUUGUUCCACUUAUAAUCAAAAUAAUAUUUGA